CGUCCUUAUUCCAAAGGCAUCACACCUUCCUUCUAAAUCAACAGCCACGAUUCAACCCUCCCAUCUAACGGCCAUAUUCAACCCUCUCCCUCCCCAUUAUUAGGGUUUGUCUUUUUCACUACUCACACCAUUUUCACACAUUUUCUCGCAUUUUCCGCUUCACUUUCUCGGCAAAAAAUCAUGGUGAACGGUCCCGGACUUUACUCCGAUAUCGGCAAAAGAGCCAGAGAUCUUUUGUUCAAAGAUUAUCAGAAUGACCACAAGUUCACAAUCACCACUAAGACUUCUAUUGGAUUGGAAGUUACUUCAAGUGGAGUCAGGAAAGGUGAGAUUUUUUUGGCUGAUGUUAGUACCAAGUUGAAGAACAAGAACAUCACUACUGAUGUUAAAGUUGACACUAACUCAAAUCUACUUACAACCAUUACUGUGGAUGAAGCUGCACCUGGUCUCAAGACAAUUUUUAGCUUCACUCUACCAGAUCAAAAAUCUGGCAAGGUGGAACUACAAUACCAGCAUGAUUAUGCUGGGAUCAAUACUAGUAUUGGGUUAACAGCAAGUCCUGUUGUUAACAUCUCUGGUGUGCUUGGAAAUAAUUUGGUUUCUGUUGGGUCAGAUGUUUCUUUUGAUACUGCCACUGGGGACUUUAUCAAGUACAAUGCAGGGUUGAAUGUUACUCAUGCCGACCUUAUUGCAUCUCUAACUCUCAAUGACAGAGGCGACACCCUUAAUGCCUCGUAUUACCACGUUGUGAGCCCACUGACUAACACUGCUGUAGGGGCGGAGUUUUCACAUAGCUUUUCCAGCAAUGAGAAUAUACUCACCAUUGGCACACAACAUGCUCUUGACCCAAUAACCUUGUUGAAAGCUCGGGUGAACAACUAUGGCAGGGCAAGUGCUCUGAUCCAGCAUGACUGGAGUCCCAAAGCACGUUUUUCUCUAGUUGGGGAAGUUGAUACUGCAGCCAUUGACAAGAGUGCAAAGGUCGGUCUUGCCGUAGCCUUGAAGCCUUAGACCUGGUUAUUUUGUGAUUGAUAGGUUGUUUAUGUGGUGGUGGAGGCAAUAAGUUUAGUGGUAGGGUGUCACUUUUCCAAUGAACCUUUUGUCCUUCAUUUUGGAGCUCUUAAUAUCUUCAUGUCUUGGUUGGUUCAGGGUGCGAAAUCAAUAAACCCAGGACAAUUUUCUAAUUUGUAGUUAUUCAACAAGGACAUAUGAACCUCAUUUAUUUAGAUGGCACCUUUGAGUAA